GGCACAACUAUAGUGUUCACCACGAUGGAGUUGAGCACCACAUCGUUGUCCAGCAUUGCGGCAGCGAGCGUUGCCAUGUUGGCAACACCGUCGUAGGCGAGAAUCAUGGUGGUGGCAUGCACCAUGGAAUCGAGCACUACAACGGCGUCCACCAUGACGGAUUCGAGCGCCACGUCGUUGCCCAGCUUCACGGAGUCAAGGACGAUCUCAGUAUCCACCACGACGCUUACCAGCACGGAAUCGGGCACGACCGCGAUGACGAGCAGCACAUCGUUGACCAGUUUUCCCAGCACGACGAG